AUGCCAUCGUGCAGGAGGCCCGCCACCACGAAGCAUUCGAGAGCCAACACAACUCGACCCACCAGCCGCACCUCCCUCUUUGGUCUCCCGGCCGAGCUACGUAAUCGUAUCUAUCACAUGGUGGCCCAGUAUGACGAGGGCAAGUGGACCGGACCUAUCGACAGCAAGGACGCCACCGGGUUGUCAGAAGUAAAUCAUCAAGCCCGUGUAGAGUUCUUGCCGGUCGAGUAUGCUACCCGCAGCGUGUACUUCCCAUGGAUCAACAACAUACUCCUCGACAUCGUGAGUAACUGGCUACACUCUUACGGCCAGGAGCGAGUACCUUGGUCGAAGAGGUUCGCUUUCGGCUCGAACUACGGCUUGGUAAAAGUGGCGCUGCGUGGCUGCUCGAUUGGAUGGCCGUACACACAUGACCACACUCAAGUCGCCUGGCUCAAGGAUGAGCAGGGUCGCACGCACGCUAUGGUUAGCAGUCGCAGUGCUGAGCAUACGGCUACGGUUGGGGCCAUCGUAUGUGCAGAUAUAAUGCUUAGGGAGGACGGCUCGGUGUACUUGUCGGCGAACACAGCUGAGAAGAUCAUUGGUGCGCUGAAGUAA